AUGCAUGUUGAAACUGUUGGCCAAGAGUGUGAAGGGGGUACCUUUGGUCUUGAUUGUGUUCAGCAAUGUCAUUGUGCUCCAGAGGCUUGUGAGAUGGAGAGGGGUCUUUGUAAGGGACAAUGCAUAGAUAGCUGGAUUGAACCUUACUGCAGUCAAAGAAUAUCUAGAUUAGUUCCAGUGAGAGUGAAUCUAUACCAACCAUCUAGCUUUACAUGUUAUGUGGAGGGUAUCCCACUUCCUGGUGCAUCCUCAGUUAAUCUUUACAGACGUACUGGAAGCACCUAUAACACAACAGGAAUCACCAGGGGAUCAAGCACUGUCUCAGGGUCAGAACGAGCUGUUGUCUUUGAUGUUGAUAGUGUGUAUCCACAGGAAGAUGGGGAAUACGUUUGCGUUCUUAAUGUUGAUGGUGUAGGCCAUCCCGGGACGCCUAUUACCAACGCAACCUAUGUUCUGCCAGUCAUAGAAAAAGCACCAGUGAUAGUGAGUACUACGUCAACUACAGUAGGUCUUCGAUGGAAUGCAUGGUCUGAAGAAGAUGGCCUAGGUGAUCCUCCUCUUGAAGGAUAUGAUGUCUUUGUAGAGAAUGAUGGUGACUGGGUAGCGGAUCAGAGAGUGGAGCAACCCACAACAUCAGCCAUCGUUAGUAACCUGACACCCGACACAGAUUACAGGUUUCGUGUAGCAGCAGUGAGGGAAGGAACAGGUGGAACAGGACCCGGGUCUCCUAGGAGCGACACAAUAACUCUCUGUAGAAAACCCAGUGCUUCCCCAACUGGACUACAAGUUUCAGCCAUCAACCCUAAAGAGCUAGAUGUGACAUGGGAGGUAUGA